AUGAUACUGAAUGCUCUAUUUAAGAUAAGAGAUUUAGUUAGAAUCAACCAAAUACGUCUGCUUGGAAAAGCAUCCACAAAAAUGAACGGCAUGUCUCAAUCUGCCGGCAGCGUUUUUAGAACCAGUGACCAACAAGCGAUUCGCCAGGCUGCUAACCUGCUCGAAUCGGGUCAGGUCAUUGCGCUUCCCACGGACACUGUGUAUGGAUUAGCGUGUAGUGCUAAUGAUCCGGAGGCGAUUCAACGAUUGUACGCAAUCAAAGGUCGGAAGGAAACGAAACCCGUUGCGAUUUGUGUAGCCGACAUCGAUAACUUACGCUUCUGGGGACAGGCGGAUCAUUUGCCGGGUGAAAUGUUAUCUCAACUGCUUCCAGGACCAGUAACGAUCGUCGUCGAUAAGUCUGCCAACCUUGACAAUCCAUUUUUGAAUCCUGGUGUGCAAAAAAUUGGCAUCCGUAUACCGAACUUUGAGUUCAUUCGAGACGUGUCGAGAGCAUUUCGAUUUCCCAUCGCUCUCACCAGCGCUAAUAAGAGUUCCGAACAGAGCACACUGAAUGUGCGGGAAUUCGAGAAUCUUUGGUCCACUUUGGGGGCAGUUUUCGAUGGAGGACAGCUGGGAUUACGGGAAGAGCAGCGGGCGGCCUCAACUGUGAUCGAUCUUUCAAAUGAGGGUUUGUACAAAGUUAUACGCAAUGGUAUUGCCGUUCAACGCACAGUUGAGCUUGUGGAGUGUUUUGGUUUCAGAAAAAUGCUUUAAAAUGUUAUUUGAAUAAGGAAUUAUAGGCAUAUUAAGUGAACUUGUUUUUAUUUUCCAAAUAAUUUAUUAUUUAAAAAAAAUCAGACAGUAAAUAUAUUUCACUGGCAGA